AUGGAAGAUCCUAAUCUGGCUAUAAACAAUAUAAGAGACUUUCUUACCCAGCUCCCGAAGCUCGCCAAAUGCGAAUAUAAUGAAACCACUAGUUACUUGCUAUGGAGGACUUUGGAUCUACGCCUCAAGAAUAGCGAUGGCAAUAUCGAUUGGCACUCUCUUGUUUCUAUACUAGAUUCUGAAACCUGGACAAGUGAAAGGUAUAGGGAUAUACUAAAUGGAAAAAAGUGGAAAACACAGGAGUUCGAGAGUGACCAUCACUUUAUGGAUAAUGUACAUACAGGAACAUCAUGCACACGUUUAUGCUUCCCCUCAGAAACAAUUUAUUACUGUUUUACAUGCUCCACAAACCCAUUAUAUGAAAUCUGCGAACUUUGUUUUGACAAGGAAAAACAUGUACAUCAUUCUUACGUGGCAAAAGUGGUGAUGCGCCCGGAAGGCAGGAUAUGCCAUUGUGGUGACCCCUUUGCCUUCAAUGACCCAACCCUCGCAUUCAAAUGCAAGAACGAAUUGAAUAACAUCCCUGUUACUAAUGGGACUAAUAAUACUAUCGAUGAUGAGAACGUAGUUUCGUUAUUGAAUUAUGUACUGGAUUUUUUAAUUGAUGUAACGGUUUGCAACAAGGAGGAGACAGAAGCCCAUUCAGGUGAGAAAAAAGCGUCCUCCCCUAUGGAUUCUAGUCAAAACUCCGCUGCUGAUGACACAACAGAUAAACACAAAUACGAAUCAUCGGUCAAUGACGACAAUUCUGUAUUUUUUGACAACAAUUGGUCUAGCACAAAGAAAGAAGACCGUGAAGAGUGGGCUAUCCAAAUCGAAGAAGAAGAAUGUAACGUCCACUAUAUGGACUUAGCGUCUAUAAUAACCAAAACAUUGAAUACACCGGUUGAAUAUGCCAUCUCGAUAACAAAGGCUUUAGAAGAUUCUCAUGAUGUAGUAACUGUGCUCCAGGGCAAAAAUCACUUCGAAAUGAAUAGAAUUGCGAAAGAGUUCCAAAAGGAAAAUAUAAAUGUUUAUGUAAGAAAAGUGAGUGAUAUAUUCAAAAGAAAGCUAACGGACGAUUUAACAAGCUGGCUGUACUCCUUAUGUUUCAAAUCAACCGCAUCUUUGGAAAUUAAAUAUUCCCUUCGAGUUUCCAUGCUCGAUGUUUGGUAUUCGCAUUUUUCUAAGAUGAGAGUUUCUCCUUCAAACACAAAUCCAGACUUUUCUAAGAUCAAUUUAUUAGGUGGAUUCUUACUAUCGAAUGAGGACAGCGAUGGGUCCUGGUUUAAACCUUGGUCAUUAAAAGAUAUUGAAGAUGAAAAAAUUUCGAAAAUACUGAUUAAUUACAACGAUAGAUUAACCAGGGCACAUUCACCGGACACAGUGAGCCAUUUUUACAAUUUUUAUGGAUCUAGAUUCCAGUAUAUUAUUAUAAACUCUAUCAACAUAUUAUCAAAGAAAUCCAAAUUCAAAAUGCUGAAGAUCAUAGCAUCACUGUUUUCCCUUAGAGAUGAAAAUAGAAAACUUCUUGCCGCCCAGUAUAUUGAUGUUUAUCUCUCUGUUCUCUAUGAUGCUGUUGCCUCAGAUGCCAAAGAAUGCCAAGUAACUCUGAUGAGCGUAUUGGGACAAUACACUUUUCAAGACCCCACCAUAGCAAACAUGGCUAUACGCUGUGGCUUUAUUGAAAGAACUAUCAGGUUCGCAUUUACUCUUAUGGCGUUUAACCCGGAGGACUUAAUGUCAUACUUGCCCAUCUCUUUAUACAAUGGUUUUAAAUUGCCUACUGAAACCAUACGCAACCGAAGAACAAUCAUUUGUUUCAAAGAUCUUUGUACGAUAAUGUCAGCGAACACUAUUCCGCAAGAACUUUUAUCGAAUGAGGCCAUUUUCAAUGCAAUAAUCGAGUCCUUCUCUGAGUUCAAUAACGUACUUCCUUUGAAACGAGAAACUAAAGAACAUGUAGAAGUUGAAAACUUUGAUUUUUCUGCGUUUUAUUUCUUUUUCUCAUCGAUUUUGAUAAUGACAGAUGGCUACACACGCAGUAUAUCAUUAGUGAAAGAUGCGACCUUCCGUAGGCAAAUUGUUCUUAAGCUACUAAACGUUGCUCAGAACAGGGAAUUUGAGUCGCUAACUACUUCAAGAAAAGCCAUAUCGUCUGAUAACAUAUCGGCCAAUGAAGUAGAUGCCAAUAAAGCAACUUUAUUUACCGUUAGGGAGAAAAUUUGUAAUUACGUGGCAGAAACUAUAAACUUCCAAGUGGGUGUGAACACGCAAUGUUUUUUCAAUCCAAUGUCAUACUUGUUCAAGUUUAUUAUCCAAUGGAGUCAAUGUGGAAGAUAUGAGCCACUUCCGGCUUCCUUAGCGCACUAUAUUAACCUCUACGAUGUUUUCCAAGACAAGCACAAAGCUUUACACAUAUCAGAAUCUGCCUUAUCUACCUUGGUUCUAAUUGGGCAAAUCAAUGUCGGUUUUUGGGUAAGAAAUGGCACUCCGAUUACUCAUCAAGCAAGGAUGUACACAAAAUACAGCAUGAGAGAGUUCACUUAUAUUAGUGACAUUUUUAAUGUGCAAUUUAGUAUGGCGAUGUGUAAUCCUGAUGAACUAAUGGUUACAUAUCUCUCAAGAUGGGGAUUGAAACAUUGGGCAAAUGGCGUACCAAUGUAUGAUUAUCCUGAUACAGAAACCACUAUAGCCGUUGUUAAUGAAUGCAUUUUACUAUUGAUUCAACUGCUAACUGAAGUAAGAUCACUGGUCAUGAAAUCUUCAAAAGAGGGUUUUGAAAGGACCUUUAAAUCCGAAAUCAUUCAUGCUCUUUGUUUUGACACGUGCUCUUAUGCACAAGUCGUCAACUGUAUUCCAGAGCAUAUUACCAAACACCCUUCAUUUGACAUUUAUCUUGAAAAAUAUGCCAAUUACACCCCUCCAACAAGUUUGACUGACAAUGGUACUUUCGUGUUGAAAGAAAAGUUCAAGGAUGAGAUUGAUCCUUAUUAUAUAGGACUUUCCUCGAGUAGAAGAUAUGAUGUAGAGAAAAAUAUUAGACUGAAUAUGACAAAUUUGAGGAACGUGAAAUACGAGGAUGCCUUUGUUCCUGCAAAAAGGGUUAAAGAUUUAUUGAAAAACACCAUUUUUUCUGGACUUUAUUCGAUUUCAUCAGUUAACACUUUUGGUCUGUUUUUGAAGAAUACAUUGGAUCAUAUUAUAAAAUACGAUUACGAUAAUUUACUGCCAAGAGUUGUUCAUUUGAUUCAUUUAUGUGUAGUUAAUAACCUAAAUGAGUUCAUGGGAAUAUUGUGGCAUGAAUAUGCAAUUGUAGACACAGAGUUCUGUCAUUACCACAGCAUUGGUUCUAUUUUGUACUAUUGUCUGUUGAAAGAGAACUUUUCGGACUCACACGGUAAAAUUAGGGAGAUUUUUAGAUAUCUAAUGGAAACAGCACCUCAUGUUAACGUAAACAGUUAUUUGAAGGAACAAACCACUUCAUAUAUACCGGGAAUAUUAUGGCCAACAAAGGAAGAUAAAAGUCACAAAGAUAAAGAAUUCGAAAGAAAAAAGCAUGUUGCUCGAUUAAGAAGAAAAAAGUUGAUGAAGAAGUUAGCCCAACAGCAGCUGAAAUUUAUGGAGAACAAUAGCGUGGAUACUUCCGAUAUCAGCACACCCAGAACCACGUCGCCUAGUUUAUCACCCGUUAGAACGGAUGCAGACAAUAAUAGUAAUACAAUUAGCGGUUUCUGCGAUGAUGAUUGCGUAUUUUGUAAGAUGCCAAAGGACGAUGAUGUAUUUGUUUAUCUUUCUUAUCAAGAACGGAACAUAUGCGAUCAUGGUAUUGAUUUUACAGACCCAUUAGAAGUGAACAGAAUAAACUCACAGUUCAUUGGUAAGCGACCAGAGGGCAGUACCGUUCAGGAAGACAUGCAAGAGGAUGGUGGAACAAGAUUGAGACUAACCAGGUGUGAACCAGUACUAAGAGCCUGUGGGCAUGGAUCUCAUAUUAAAUGUUUAAGCAGUCAUAUGAAGUCAAUUCGCGGUAUUCAAAAUCAAACUACAAAAAAUAUUCCAUUAUCGUAUGGUUUGGGGUUAAUAUACUGUCCCGUAUGCAAUUCCUUAAGUAAUUCCUUCCUACCGAAACCAAAUGACCUUAACAAGAAAGCAGCAAAUGAGUUUUUCAAAUGUACCGAAAGUCACAUGGAUACGGAAGAAAACCUCGACCUAACGAGCUCCACUUGUAUUAAAGCAGCAAUGGUCCUUGGUGACCUCCAAGGAAUAAAAGUUACUACCAUCGAUGAUGCUUAUAAAAUUGCUAAUAGAGUGCUGGUUAAUACCAUCUCAAAUACAGAACUCAGAUUAAGAUCAUACAGGGAGCACGGAAAAUUUGUUAAUAUAAACAAAAUAUCUAGCCAAUGUAUCUUGACCCUACGAUUACUUUGUGGGCUCAAGUCAUAUCUCUAUAAGAAAUGUGUCGAAUCGAAAACAUUUAUCGAUGAAAUCCCUCGUAAAAUAUGGAAUUGGAAUACCUUCUUGAUAGAAGGCAAUAAUAUAGAUUUACUCCGGUACAUUAGCCAGAAUUUCGAUAAUGUCGAUCAAGGUAACGUCGUGCAGCCACCGACCCUAUGUAUCUAUGAAAUGUUCAAAAGGAGAUUCCAUCAACUUUUACUUUUGCUUGCCAGAGAUAUGAUGAGAGUAAAUUUUUACAAAGACUGCCGAAAUAAGAUCGAGAUAUCGUCAAAUGGAUCAGACGAACCACCUGCUAGCAUAUUUUAUUUGUUUGGGACUUUUAAAAAAUACAUCGACCUCUUUAAACCAGACGAUAUCGAGUUUGAUGUUGCAAGUCUAGAAAGAAAUAAAAAUUUUGUAUGCUCAUUGCUACUAGAGUCGCUAACCAUUUUCUGCAGAAAAACGUACUUACUAUUCAAUAUUCAAUACGACGAUGAUAAUAAUGAUGGUCGUGGUGGUGGUGAUGCUGCAACUAAGCAACAUGAGAUAGAGCUUAUUUUCCAAUAUUUUAAAAUACCCAAUUUGACUCAUUUUUUGAAGGACUUUUUCUAUAACGAAGUGUCCCAAAACAUCGAGAGAUAUAAUGACGGUAAUGAUAAUUUGAGAAUUCAGCAAGUCAUAUAUGACAUGGUGCAGAAUAUAAACACAAGAUCAUUUCCUUCACCAGAACAAAUCCAACUAAUCAAACUACCUGCAAAUCUGUCCAGAUUUUCCUUGGAGAAUGAUGAAAUAUCGAAUAAAUGUGAUAAGUACGAGAUCGGAGUUUGUUUGUUGUGCGGUGAAAAAUGCCAUAUCCAGAAAAGCAUAGCGCUAGAAGGCUAUUUACAGGGUGAAUGUACUGACCAUGUGAGAAAUGGAUGCGAAAUCACCUCUUCCUACGGGGUCUUCUUGAUGACCAGAACAAACGCUGUUUAUUUGUCAUAUGGCAAAAGAGGUACAUUUUAUGCUGCACCUUAUCUGAGCAAGUACGGAGAGACCAACGAAGACUAUAAAUUCAGUACUCCCGUCUAUUUGAACCAGGAAAGAUACGCAUAUCUGGCGAAUGAGAUUGUUUUCGGUAACAUGAUCCCGCACGUAGUGUUCCGACUAACGGACGGCAAUGCAGAUCUUGGUGGGUGGGAGACUAUGUAA